AUGAAGCUCCGACCGGGUCUGACGGAGAAGGGGGGCGAGGAGGGCAACGUGGUAGUCAAGUGUAGGAAGACCAUCCAGGGGCUCAAGGAUCCUGAUCUCUUGGAGCUGGUGAAGGCGGGCCGCACUCAGGCCCCGACGCUGUCCUCACAUGGGGGGGCGUUCGUCCUCCAGACCAUCGCCUCAGCCAAGUUUCCCCUGGCCAUCGGGGAUGUCGACGGGGCCUUCCUCGAGACGGACGCGUCGCUGGCGCCGGCAGAGCACGGCGCGAUCUACCUCUCGCUGCCGUCGGAGUUCCUGCCGGAGGGGAUGCGCGGAGAUCAGCUCUGCGAACCUCAGCUGUGGUGGUUGACCUUCAGCAAGUUCCUGAUCGAGGAGCUGGGCUUCGCGCAACGCCCAAUGGACCCGUGCGUGCUGCUGCCGCUGUUCGAGGACAUUGGCGAACCCGCGGAGUUCGACCUGGGCGACUGCCGCGCGAUCGGCGGCCAGGGAGCAGAGCCACUUCGAGCGGCCCCGCCUGGCGACCUGCGCGGAGCCAUCGGCCAGCACGUGGACGACGGCGUCUUCGAAGGACGUGGAUCCAAAUGGGCCGAGGUACUGUGGCAGCUGAGGCGCCGCUUCCCCUACCGCAAGUGGCACGAGAAGGAGGGCGAGUUCGUCGGGCCCAUGCUGCGCCAACUCUCGGACUACACAAUCGUGCAGACGCAGUACCAGUACGCCUCUGAGGAGAUGGAGCGGAGAUAA